AUGAUGCCGGCCCUGGGGAAGGUAGGCCCCUGCCUGGGCUGUCUCCGCGGCGCCUUCUCCUCCGGGAGGACUGGCCGGCUGGGGAAGGAGUCCGACUGCGGGGGAGGGAGGGGGGGCGAGAAAGUUCUGCCCCAGGGGCUGGAGGGAGCGCGAGUCUCCACCGCCGGCGCAGCGCCUCUCCGCGGGGGCUCCACCGCCCGGGCGGCAGUCGAGUUCAGCCCGCUCCUCGCCCCCACCUUCUAUUGCGGUUGUCUCGUCGAGAGGGAAGCUCAGGCGCCUUCUUCCUGGUGCUGCGGACCCGGGCUGGAGGCUCUGGGACCGGGGGGAGGGGGCGAGGGUGCCCGGUGCUGGCCGCCGUUGACUCUUGGCCCCCUCCCCGGAGCAGUUGGUGCGUGGAAGCUCGAGAGAGGCUGUCUCUUCCUCUCUCCUGGGGGCCCCCCUACGAGCUGCGUCCUCUCCCCACCAGGCUCCCUGGGGCGAAGGCUAGAGGGUUCGGUGCCACCCCGUGCCCGGCUCCAAUCUUGCUCAAGCCGUUGCUUCCGUGGAGGGCCGGGGGAGGAAGGGGGUGGUAGCCGAGAGAGAAGAGCGUCUCUCCUCCGCAGCGUCGGCCGUUCCGCUGGUGGCGGCUGGGUUUGCACGGCCGAAGGGAGCCGCCGCGGCCACUGCCUCCAGGACGCACGAGAGCAGAGGAGAGGAACGCACGCACGCAGGCUCCCGCCGCCCCCCGGCCUGGCCGGCGCCCGGGCCGCCGCGGCUGGCGGCGCUCACGUUGGCUGCAGGGCGCUCGCGCGGCGCCUCGGCCCGGGUCGCAUCCCUUCCCGCUCGCACUCGCCCGGAAUGUGGGGUUGUGAUUGUUACUCUACGUUCCGGAGGCGCGUCUCGGCGCUCCUGCUCGCGCUGCGGCUCGCGCUGUCCCCGGCUUGGCCGCGCGGGAUGCCGCCCGGGCGGAGCGCUGACGUCACCGCCAUGCUCUGCACCAGUUCUCCCCCCUCCCCUUUACACUUCCUCUGUCUGUGGAGCCCACUUGUUGCUCGGGAAAGGCGCAUGCGCGGCAGGACGCCCAGAUUCCUCCCAGUCGGCCCCUCCUCCGCGCCUCCGCCCUCCCCUCCCCCUCGCCGUGUGUGUACAACAGCUGAGGCCCGGCGAGCUAAUGCUGGAAGUCCAGGGCUCGGGGUGGAAAUUAAACAGACGAUGACCUUUCCUUUCCCCGCCCGGCUUUCCCAAGAACCUGAGCUUCCACGACAGGAGCUAAAUGAAUUCAGGGUGAGCCAGCCCCUCCCCCCAGCCGCACUAAAAAUUUUGGCUGAAUGUCUAAAGAAGCUACGAGCACCCGGAGGCCUUUAAGGAAAACAGUCUACUGGCUGCACACAGCUGCAGUUGGGGGCAGGGAAGGGGCGGUGCUGAGAGGCCAAACAGGAGGAGGUGACUCGCUAUGGGACAGACACUGCGAGAUGGUUUCCUUGCAUCAUCAUUAAACCUUCAAUAUUAUCUACAAGAUUGUACCACCGAGUUCUUCUGUAUACAGAAGUUGGGGAUCUGCCACUGCUGCAGCCUGGAUCAUCAAUGUACCAUACAGUAUGUAGAGCACACUAUUGGGCUCACAGGAAGCCGUCAGUAAGUGUUGGUUAUCAUUCACAUUGACAUUAAUGUUGGUACUAUUGACUAGUUACCAUGUGAAAGGCCUUUGUAAAUUGCAUAAAAUAGAACAAUCAUUAUUCUUAUCACUACUAUUACUACUAAUUGUAAUAAAGUUCAGUUGAAGCAACCAGAAGUAUUUUUAUUUUGACACUUGACCUUCAGCGCUUGUUCCCCCAUACAGCACUCCCCAGCACCCCCAUCUCCCACUCAUUUUGGGCCCCUAGGUGCAAAGAAAGAGUUUUUAAGAAUAGGGAGAAAGAGGAAAGGAAGAGCCCUAGGGAGCCCCUCUUUCAUCUCAAAGCAGCCAGAUUUCUGUUUUUGCAAAACAGUGAGCUCCCUGUGUACUCCCCAACAAUAAUAAACUUUCCCUGGCUGGCUGGCUCCAGGCAGUGAUUCCUCUGUAAAGAGCUGCUCCGGGAGCAUUGCCUCACCCUUCCAGACUUCAGCCCUCCCCACACCACAGCUACCCUGGAGAGAGUCAAAACAUAGGGCUGGGAAAUGGAGCGACAUCCCCACCAGCCGGGGGCUCAGGGCUUGUUAGCCUGGGCUUGGCUGGUGAACCCAUUUCUUUAAAUUAAUAUUUAUUCAGCCCAUCCCUUUAUUAAACCAAAAAUACUGAGGAAUAGCAACUUAGCCCCAACCCUCUAACCAGGCUGGUAGAGAAAGCAAGUUGGAUUCUAUGUCAGAGUGUUAUGUUUGGUAUGCGCACACAUAUGUCUCCAUCUCCUUGUCUGUCUCUGUCUUCGCUGUUAGUAAAGGAGAUAUAUAUAUACACACAUACAUGCUGGGUGUCUUCAGACACACUGAGUUAGAAAUAAACAUGCAUUUAAACAAACUUCCAUUACAGUCUCAUAAUCCUUUAAAAAGCAUAGCUCUCUUGAUACCCUUCCCCCCUCAAAGAAUCACCAUCAUUUAUGGUGAUAAAUUUUGUCUUAACUGCCUGUCUGAGAUGGCCCUGUUUGGGGAUGUGUCAAUGUGUCAGGGAUUGUGAGACCAAGAACACCAAUGUUUUGGAGAUGGAUUUUCCCCUCAAGGAGAAUCCCGUGCGACAAUACCACGUCCACAGUGGGAA